AUGGCACAGAGGGAUUUGAGUCAGGAAAGAUGGUUAGAUGAGGGUAUAGAGCCAUCCGAAUCUGUUAGUAAUAGCGACGUUAAUUUAGCCAGAUUAAUAGCGAAUGCCAUGGCGACGGCUGCAUCUCGCCAAAAUGAGCGACUGGAAAUUCAAGUAGUUAGACAAACGGAAUUAUUGACACAAGCGUUAGAAAAUGGAUUCCAGAGAUUGUAUUCAGUAGUAGCGACACACCAAGUGAACGCUGAGGAAAGUACACAACAGGCAGCGAACUUACGUAGCCAAGUAUCAGCAACAGCAGCUAGUGAGCAGGCAAGUAAUGGUAACAGUAUUUUGGAGCUUAGACCAGACAGAAUAAGUCAGGUUAUAAGUAGUUGGAAGUUAAGGUUUAAUGGCAAGUCCGGUAUAUCAGUGGACGAGUUUAUUUAUAGAGCGGAAGCAAUGACCCAUCAGGCUUUAGAAGGUAAUUUCGUAGUUCUGUCGCGGUAUGUUAGCAAUUUGUUUGAAGGAAAUGCUAGUGAGUGGUUCUGGAGAUACCACAAGAAGGUAUCACACAUCAAGUGGUUAGACUUAUGUAGAGCCUUGAGGGAACAGUUUAAAGACGAGCGUACCGAUCAGCAUAUUAAAGCUGCUAUCAGCAAACGCAGACAAGGGGAUAAAGAAUCGUUCGACGAAUUCUACGAGGCGAUAGUGACACUAGCUGACAAACUGUCUACUCCGUUACCAGAAAUUGAGUUGCUAGAGCAUCUUCGGGCUAAUCUUCUGCCCGAUAUUCAGCAUGAGUUAUUAUAUGAGUCCAUAGCUUCGGUAUCUAAGUUAAGGCAGUUAGUGCGUACUAGAGAAACCUUUAUGCAGACAGUACGCAAACCAUUGAGUGUACCACCAAGACCCAUGCCUAGGAGAGUGGUAAAUGCAGUGAGCAUUCAAACAGAAGAAGAGUCCGAGGCAGAAGAUGAGCUGCCAGUGGUGGAAGCAGUUAACUUGGUUUGUUGGAACUGUGAUACGGCGGGUCAUCCCUAUCAAGAGUGUGUAGCAGAACGGCGAGUGUUUUGCUAUGGCUGUAGUCAAAAUGUGGUGCCAGACGCUUUGUCCAGAGUUUUUACCCCUGAUUUAGCGGUAUUAGAUAGUGAUUUAGGAAUCGAUCUCAAUUCGGUGCAUUUUUUAAGUCCCGAAUAUGUGGAGCUAAAGACGAAGGUCGAAAAAAACCCCCAGUCAGUACCGGACGUGAAAGUAAUGGGCAAUUUAGUUUACCGGCGUAGUGAGCAUUUUCCUGGAGAGAAGUUAGCAGAUGAUCAGUGCUGGAAACUAUGGAUUCCCAAGGGUUUAGUGGCGCAGUUGUUGAAAUUGGCUCACGAAAGCCCACUAGCGGCCCACUGCGGUAUUAAUAAGACAUUGGAAAAACUCAGGCGCUACUAUUACUUGCCAAAUCUAGUGUCAGAAGUUAAAGAGUUUAUAAACAGAUGUGAUGUUUGUAAAGCCACUAAACACCCGAAUUAUACGUUAAGGCCACCAUUAGGCAAGUCGGGUGUAACGUCAAGAUUCUUCGAGAGACUGUAUGUGGACUUCUUGGGUCCUUACCCGCGUAGCAAGUCUGGCAAUAUUGGAAUUUUUAUUGUAGUGGACCAUUUCUCAAAAUUUCCGUUCCUAAAGAAAGUAAAAAAGUUUACCGCGGAAGUGGUUACCCAGUUUCUAGAAGAGGAUCUUUUUCAUUGUUUUGGGGUACCUGAGAUUAUAGUAUCCGAUAAUGGGCCCCAAUUUAGAGCACACCAUUUUAAUGAGCUAUUGCAAAGAUAUAAAGUGCGUCACACGUAUACGGCUGCGUAUGCUCUGCAGGCUGAUGUGUCGGAGAGAGUAAACCGGUCGGUAUUGGCAGCAGUGAAGGCUUACGUAAGUCCAAGCCAGUCUGAUUGGGACGAAAAGCUAAGUAGUAUCGCUUGUGCAUUGAGGUCUACUAUUCAUUCGGCGAUAAACACAACACCCUAUAGGUUGGCAUUUGGUCAGCAUAUGGUAACCGACGGGUCCGUUUACCAAGUGCUACGGAACUUAGAAUUGUUAGAGGAUCGGGCUGUAAGGUUUAGUAGGGACGACUCUUUCGAAAUAAUGGGAACUAAAGCUAAGGAGGAGUCACGAAAACAGCAUGAGCGGAAUGAGAAUCUGUAUAAUUUACGUAGUCGCGAGGUGUCUUUUUCAGUGGGACAAGAGGUAUUUCGUAGGAACUUCCAGCAAAGUAAUUUCUCAAAAGGAUUCAACUCCAAGUUAGCGCCACCGUUCGUGAAGGCGAGAGUGAGACGCAAACUCGGCAACGCGUACUAUGAGUUGGAGAAUCUACAAGGCCAUUUGGUAGGCAAAUUCCAUGCAAAAGAUAUUAAGCAAUAA